CAAGGCCAUGUUUUGCUUAGGCAUACACUUGGAAUAGUGAGGGUGGACCACUCACUUACAACACUGGUUUUGAGAUCCCCCGGAAUACAACAUUCAUAUUUUAAUGAGCGCCAAAAAACGUUAUUGUAUUUAAGACUGUGGAGGUGAAAAGAGAGACGAGCGGAGAAGCAAACCUGAGGUGUCAUACACUGUUGACUCACUGUGAAGACUGACAAGAACUUACUGUACAGACAGAUUUCUCCAUCAUGGCCAACAAACCUCUCCCACUAUCUCAGGAGAUUUUAGCUCAGUUCAAUCUUUCCGUGGCCACAGGAUCGUGUGCCCCUGGACCCCCGAGACGAUGCCUGGGCUCCAUCUCCACUCACCGCAGCUCCAAAGAUCAACCUAAAGACCAGCCGCCCCACAGACCGAUGCUCCUCAGGACCAUGACGGGCCCUUCAUCCGACUCGUCCUUCUUGAGCCCCAACAUAAGCAAUUCUCACAUCUCCAUGACCAAACGCUUCUCAUUUGCCGGCUGGCACCAGGGAGGAAGAGUAAGUUUCUCUGGUUUGUACCGUCCUGAACCCGUCCAGGAGAUCUACACGGAGAACACCUACCGAACCGGACCGGAGGAGGGCAGCCGUUUCAGCGCCAGCAGGACCCAGCAGAUCACACAGGCCACUUUGGAGGGUUAUUUGGAAGGUGUAUGUUACAGUCCUGACAGUUGUAGCCAGCUGUGUCAGAUGUUAUCAGAUUUAGUGCUCAGUAAGCUGAAGGACGUCAACCCUCCGCGCUAUAAACUUGUUUGUCAGGUGGUGGUCGGGCAGAGCGGUAAACAGGGUGUAAGGGUGGCCAGCCGCAGUUUGCUCAAUGUAGACACUGACGACUACACAUCCGCUGUUUUUCAAAACCAAACGCUGUUUGCUGUGGCUAUAGUACAUGGUGUUUACUUUGAAUGAAAGGGAUUGAAAACCACAACAUUUAAUCACAAACCUCUUACAUAGUAUGCCCAAGACUUGACAGUUGCACAUUUUCAAUUAUUUUAUUUAUAAAGCACUUCGGAAAGAACACUGGUGAAAUGGUAGUCCAGAAGAACUUCCCUUUUCAAGUUUCUAACACUACACUGACGGACGGUUAAACUAAAUACAAACAACAGCAUUUUAUAUUUUAUUAUGUAUAUGCAAGUUUUAAAUAAAUGAUUAUAAACCGAAACCUUAUGUGCUUCUGGACCAUCUGUUUCUAGAGGUCUAUACAGCUACGGAGAGCUAAGAGACCACUCCAAAUGUUCAUUUAAUCAGCAUUUCUAGAUGUAUUGUGGUCAUUCCAGUCCAGUGUCUGUUCAACAUAAUCAAACCUCAGGAGUGACAAAGUCACCCAAGAGCAU